GAGUUGCCUGGCAACUAGCCGGCUGGUUUAGGAGACCGCGCUGAGGCAGUGGUCUCUGCAAAGCUUAAUUUUGAAAGCCCUUUGAAAAGGAACGAUGGCGCAUGCUCGUAUCUCCAUGUACCUGCCUCCGAACAUCAAUCCCACCCAGGCUGACAUUGCCUAUGGCUGUUGGGCCCUGCCCAAUCUGAACAAGGAGCUGCAGUCAGAGGACCUGGAGACAAGGCAGAAAGCCCUCAUGGCCCUCUGUGACCUCAUGCACGACCCUGAGUAUGUCUACCAGGCCAUCAACAUAGGUUGUCUGGAGAGUCUGACAGCGUUGCUGAAGGAUAGUGAUACCCUGGUUCGGAUAAAGGCCACCGAGGCACUCCGCAUCAUGGCGACCCAUAACAUGGGCAGAACCAGCUUUUUAGAGCACGACAUCAUCCUUGCCCUGUCCUUUCUGCUAAAUGAUCGCCACCCAGCCUGCCGGGAGAACCUGCACCAGGUGUACAAGCAGUUGGCCCAGCUGCCUUCAGGAGCCCAUGGGAUCAUCAGCAGUGGCCUGAUCCCUUCACUGGUAUGGAAGCUGCCGAGGGAGGAAGAGAACAUCCAGGAGCUCAUCUUGGACACACUGGCCUCCUGCCUGCAGGAAGAUGUCACUGAAGCCCUGGGUAGCCGUGCUGUGCCCUUCCUAAGGCAGAAGCUCCUGAGCCCCAACACAAACAUCCGCAGCAAGGCUGCUAGGGUGCUCGUCGCCAUCAGCAUCCCUUUGGAGGGCAAGAACCAGGUGAGGCAGCAUGACGUCAUCCCCAUCCUGGUCGAUCUGCUGAAGGACAAGGAUCAUGAAGUUCAGGCCAAUGCUGCUGGAGCCCUGAUGUAUGCCACAGUAACCACUGAAGGGAAGUAUGCGGCCCUGGACGCAGAUGCCAUCGACCCUCUCCUGAAGCUGCUGUCUUCACCCUUGACCAAGGUGCGCCUGAACGCCACUAAGGCCCUCACCAUGCUGGCUGAGGCCCCCGAGGGCCGCAGGCGCCUGCAGCCUCAAGUGCCUGCCUUCCGUAUUCUAGAGUCAGAUGACAACAGGAUCAUCCAGCGAGCAGCCCAGAUCGCCAUCAAAGUGAUUGAGUGGAAACCCUGAGCCUCUCAGCAGCAAAACCUGACAUAUUGCCUCUAUACCUGAAUAAAUAGGCUGAAUCUCUGUA